UGCUGAAGGGAUUUCAUGUGGAACAAUCUGACUGGCACAAUACCAAAGGAAAUCGGACACAUUACAUCGUUGAGACUCUUGCUCUUGAAUGGAAAUAAAUUAUCUGGCAGUUUACCGGAUGAGCUUGGCAACCUUACGAAUAUGAAUAGACUCCAACUAGAUGAAAACCAACUGUCAGGUUCUGUGCCAGAAUCGUUAGCGAAUAUGAUCAACGUUAGACACCUCCACAUGAACAACAACUCGUUCACUGGUCAACUUCCAUCCAAACUUUCAAACCUUUCCAAUCUUAUGCAUUUGUGA